CUCCCCCACUUCAUACGAGAACCACGCCCCUUUCCCUCGCCCUCCCAUGGCGGACUGCUUCGCGCUGGAAGUGGACGACCUCCACAGGCGGUGGCUGCCGCGGGAGAUCUUCGCCGACAUUGGCAUCGUCGACCCCGCCCCCGCCCCAGCCCCAGCCCCCGCCCCGCCGUCCGCCGCCGCCGUCGAGGACGUCGCGGUGCACCUCACGGGCAUCCUCGGCGGGAAGCAGGGGCCCCCGCCUCCGCCUCCGGGGCUCGCUUCGCACCAGCCUCGCUACCGCCACCAACCGGCGCCCCAGGUCUGCGGGCAGCAAGGCGCGGUUCUGGUGGCGUACGGCGCCGUCGUCCCGGCGCCGUGGCCGUUCCUGCCCUACCCGGCGCCGCUGCAGUGGCAGGCCACUACUACCAACCUCGCGCACGGCGGCGGCUUCCCUGGCCCGAGUCCCGCUCCGCCGCGGCCCGUCCACGGCCCUCCGCCCGCGAAGCGGCGCCUCGGCGGCACCGGUGGCACCGGCGUGUUCCUGCCGCGCACCAACGUCUACCAGUACCAGCACAAGCCGGCGGCGAACAAAUCUCCGGCGAAAGAUUGGAAACCGCAGCAGCAGCAGCAGCAACAACGCGGCGCCGGCGAGGGGACGGCGGCGACUCAGCAGCAGCAGCAAAACGCGAGCGCGGCGGUGCUGGCGCUGCCGCAGGAGUGGACGUACUGAGCGAGGCGAGAUGAUGGCGAUCAAGCUAUAGUAGCUGUUAGCAGAUUAUGUUUUCCUUUCUAAUAAUUAUGAUGAAGCCAAAUAAUAAAGUCAGUGUCGAUCUAGUAAGAAAUAACAAGGUGUAGUAUCGACUAUCGAUCUAGUAAGAAAUAAGAAAGUGUAGUUUGGGUGCUGGGAGGGACUGGGCAGUAGAUUCAUGGAGUGGCUGUGCAGCCGUGGUGAAAAUCCAUGGUGCAUUGUUGUAACCAGUACCAGCGGUAAUAAUAAAGUGUUGUUUAU